AUGGCGAGUAGCAGCACCAUUGAAGGAGUAUUCGAACAGGUCCACUCAGCCGGGAAGACAUUUCCGGAAACCGUCGGGGCGCUCAUGGAACUCGGGGUUACAAGGUAUCACGUCGACUUUGUCAGCUCCAGCGUUACGACAUACAAACCCAAGACUGGAGGUGGUAGCUAUGAAGUCCACAGAAUACCCAUACCUUUAUCGAACGGCCGUCUUGAUUCGAGCUGGGAUGGGGCCGGCAUCGUCAACGCAAUUCGCCUUAUUCAGCAGCGGGUAGAAAUCAAGACGUACGCUGAAUUCACCGAAAGAUGCGUCAACGCGGGUGUCGCUGGAUACCAAGCAUGCUUGACCGGAAAACGGGUGGUGUACUAUGGGCAUAACGGCGACAUGCACGUGGAAUGGUUUCCUGGAGCUGAGCCGGGGACCAAGUAA